GAACCAAACCAAUUAAGCACCCUCCACCACUCCCCAUUUCUCUCUUGGGAACCACAAUGGCUUUCUUCCUUUCUUUCUUUAUGCUCAUUUCUGGGGUUUGUUUCCUCAGUGCAGCUUUACUAAAGUGGAAUGAUGUUAGGUACAGGAAGAAAAGCUUGCCUCCUGGCACUAUGGGUUGGCCUGUUUUUGGUGAGACAUCUGAGUUUCUAAAACUAGGCCCCAACUUCAUGAAGAACCAGAGAGCAAGAUAUGGUUGGUUUUUCAAAUCACACAUAUUAGGGUGCCCGACCAUUGUAUCAAUGGAUCCAGAGGUGAACAGAUACAUACUUGGGAAUGAGGCGAAAGGGCUGGUUCCCGGGUACCCAAAGUCAAUGCUGGACAUUCUGGGAAAAUGCAACAUUGCAGCUGUUCAUGGGGCUGCUCACAAGAACAUGAGAGGGGCUUUGCUCUCCCUCAUUAGCCCCACCAUGAUCAGACACACCCUUUUGCCCAAAAUUGAUGAGUUCAUGAGAUCCCACGUCACCUCCUGGGAUUCCCACGUCAUCGACAUUCAACAGAUGACCAACAAGAUGGCAUUUCUUUCCGCUCUGAAGCAAAUAGCUGGCAUUGAGGCAAGCUCCAUUGCUGAAGAAUUUAUGUCCGAGUUCUCGAAGCUCGUACUAGGAACACUUUCUCUCCCCAUUAAUCUCCCAAACACCAAUUACCGUCGUGGGGUCCAGGCAAGGAAAAACAUAGUUUGCAUGUUGGAAAAGUUGAUAAAGGAAAGAAGGUCAGCGGAAAGGAGACAAGAAGACAUGUUGGGAUUGCUGUUGAUGAAUCAAGAGGAAAAUAGAUACAAACUAAGUGAUGAUGAGAUGAUUGAUCUAAUCAUAACAAUACUAUACUCUGGUUAUGAAACUGUUUCCACCACUUCUAUGAUGGCUGUCAAGUAUCUCCAUGAUCAUCCCCUUGCUCUCCAAGAGCUAAGGAACGAGCAUUUGGCGAUUAGAGAAAAGAAAGGACCGAACGACCCGAUUGACCACGACGACUACAAAUCGAUGCGAUUUACGCGCGCGGUGAUCUUUGAGACGUCGCGGCUAGCUACAAUAGUGAACGGAGUGCUGAGGAAGACAACUCGAGAAAUGGAACUCAAUGGCUUUGUUAUACCAGAAGGAUGGAAAAUUUAUGUCUAUACAAGAGAGGUGAAUUAUGAUCCUCAAAUUUAUCCGGAUCCAUACACUUUCAAUCCGUGGAGAUGGCUGGAAAAGGGAUUAGAGAGCCAAAAUAACUUCCUUGUGUUUGGAGGAGGGACCAGGCAGUGUCCUGGAAAGGAACUUGGAAUUGCGGAAAUAUCAACUUUCCUUCACUACUUUGUUACUAGAUACAGUUGGGAAGAAGUAGGGGGGGAUGAGCUAAUGAAGUUUCCAAGAGUUCAAGCACCAAAUGGACUACACAUAAGGGUUUCAUCCUACCAUCACCACUCUACAAAUGAAUGACGAUAAUAAUAAUGUAUAAAAAGAAAAGAAACUGGAAGAGAGCUGAUCUCUUCAUUCUCUCUAACACAAGUACAAAGUGUGCUGGAAUGAAGCUCCACAUUUUUGCAGGAAUCAAAUUCUGUUCUACCAUUUUUCCCAUUUUCAUAUUGUAUUGCACAAACAUACCCUCAUGGACUUUCCUCAUGUGCAAGUAGUUAUAAGUUAUAGUCUCCACAUAUGCAAGAUACAAUAAUGUACAUUGUAAUAUAUUUUACUACUACCGUAUAGUCAGUAAUAUAUGGCCUACCUUUGUCUGAAUAUUUACUUAUUGUCCUUUCAC